CUUUGGAAACCUCUGCAGCAAGAACCUGCUAAUCUGUGGAUGGGAACCUUUGUAGAGACAAAUGUGGCAGACUGAAUAUUAGGACUCCUGCUACGAUCAGAAGAGACUUAAUUUUCUUUGUGUCAUGACAAGCACUUGGUGAUAUUUGUUUUUGCAGUUUGUGCUGUGUUUAUAAAUAGGAAAGUGUGAUGGCUUGGAUACUGCAGCCUUCCCAGAGGUUUACCUAACCCUUGCAUUAGUGGUAAGAACCAAGUAACCGCCUCCAGAUGUGUGAGAGAGAGCACUGCCUGACUAUUUACAAUGAACAUCGCCCUCUUCACACUCCAACUUACUCUUUGCUCCUUUGGCAAUGCCCAGGUUAAUGCUUAAUCCAAGUGCAGACCUAUAAUUUCUAAGACCAAGCCCUGUUUAUGAGAUAGAGGUAAAGUGGAUGCCUGCAGAUCAGUUGUGCUUGUACACAGGUAGAUACACUCAGAGAAUCAUCUCCAGCUUUUACGGAAAGGAACUUUCAGGGCUGGCCAAAGGAAGCUGCCACAAUGCCCAAAAAAUCCGGAGUAUCCAAAGGCUUUGCCGUUGCCUUUGUUGUCCUGACGAUUAGUGCCAUCGCUGGGAUGAUCUCCAUGAUGGUUGUUUACGAGAUUCAGACUAAAGGGCUAAACAUGACUGCCCCGCCAAUCAUAACGACCUCCACUCCACCUCCGCCACCGGUUAUGCGAUUGCCGAGGUCCUUGAUUCCUGAAAGCUACGACAUCAUCCUUCAGCCUCACCUCUACACCAGUAUCAAGGAAAAGGUGAACGUCACAACCCCAAACCAGACGCUGACCUUCAUUGGAAACUCCACCGUGCACUUCCAGUGUCACCAAGAUACAACGUACAUCUUCCUCCACAGCCUUGGACUGAACGUUUUUGCUCCACGCGUGAUUGACAAAGACACGGGCAGUCCAAUAAAUGUCCGCUCAGUCAAACACCACAAAGAUGUUUCUCACUUCUUGGAGAUUAAUGUGGAUGGAAGAUUUAAAGCUGGAGGGAACUACAGUUUGUUUUUGGCUUUUGAGGGAGAAAUAUCUGAGUAUCUUCAAGCACUGUAUGUAAGCAAAUAUACUCAAACCAACAAAGAAGCUGUAAAUGAAACAAUAGAGGAAAGAUUCCUUGCAGCCACAAAUCUGGAGCCUACAAGUGCGAGGAGAUUAUUUCCUUGUUUCGACGAGCCAGACAUGAAGGCUGCUUUUCGGUUGAAAGUCAUCCAUAGACGGCAAACAACAGCUCUGUCAAAUACAAGACGAAGCCCAGAUUCCUAUGUUUUGGACGAGGACUGGAAAUUAACCAGUUUUUUUGAGACACCGAAGAUGUCGACCUAUUUAUUUGCCUUCACAAUCUCACAGGAUGACUUCACAUACAUCGACUCCUCGACAAGCACUGUGAAUAUUAGAACUUAUGCCCGUCCUGAAGCCAUGGAAGCAGGACACGUUGAAUAUGCCGCCAAAAUAACUGCAAAGAUUCUCGAGUUCUACGAAGGACAUUUCGGUCUGAAAUAUGAAAUGAACAAUCUUGAUCAAAUUGCUCUGCCAGACUUGGAACCUUUAGCAAUGGAAAACUGGGGUCUGAUCACAUACCAGGAAGGAGCUUUGCUCUAUGAGGAAGGAGUAUCAUCAUGGUUACACAAGGAACUAAUCACCUCUGUCAUUGCUCAUGAGUUGGCACACCAGUGGUUUGGAAAUCAGGUGACGAUGAAAUGGUGGAAUGAAAUUUGGCUCAAUGAAGGGUUUGCCACCUACAUGUCCUACCUUGCAAUGGACCAUGCUGAGCCAUCAUUUCAAAUAAAAGAGAAACUUAUCAUGGAUGACCUCCACACCGCGUUUGAGGAGGAUGCUCUAUUGACAUCCCAUCCUCUCAGCACUCCAUCGGAUUAUGUCCAGACACCUGGUGAGAUCCUUGGGAUGUUCGAUGCUAUAAGUUACAGCAAGGGGGCCAUGGUGCUGAGAAUGCUGGCGAACCAUGUGGGUGAAGAGAGAUUUCACAACGGGAUCAGAGAGUACCUCAGAGUCUACCAAGGAAGAAAUGUAGAACAGGGCGACCUGUGGGAGUUGAUCCAAAAUGAGGUUGAUCAGAAUUCGUUCAAUAUUCCCAGUUUCAUGAAAAGUUGGACCACUCAAAUCGGAUAUCCCGUUAUCACCAUCAACACUACCACCGGAGAAUUCUACCAGAAGCACUUCCUCUACAACAGCUCUGUUGUAUCCAGUUUAUUGUGGGAAAUCCUCUUUAAAUUCACUACAAAUAUCACCCUACCUAAGUCCAUCGAGCUGGUGAUCAACAAACCAGGGGUACAGCAGAUGGACGAAUUGAUUUCACAGAAAGGAGAGUGGAUCCUGGCAAACGUCAACUGUACUGCAUACUGCAGAGUCAACUACAACCCAGAGAACUGGCAGCGCCUGCUGAGUCAGCUGGAAACAAACCCAGAUCGUAUCCCACUGAUGAACAGAGCACAGCUUAUUGAUGAUGCCUUCAACUUGGCAAGAGCGAAGCUGGUCAAUGUGACUCUGGCUCUGAACUCAACCCGUUUCCUCCGUAAAGAGAAAGCUUUCCUUCCCUGGGAGUCAGCUGUUAGAAAUCUGGGGUACUUUGUCCUCAUGUUUGAUCGCUCUGAGGUGUACGGACCCAUGCAGCUUUACCUUCGACAUCAAGUAGAGGAGCUUUAUAACUUCUUCAAAAACCACACAGAUUACUCAACUGUCCCAGAGAAUCACUCAUUACAGCACAACCAGAUCACUGCCAUAGAGGUGGCCUGUUUCAGUGGACUUCUAGAUUGCAUAGAGAUGGCUACAACGAUGUUUGCCAACUGGAUGAACACAAACUCCACCAACAACAUCCACCCCAAUCUGAGGUCUGUAAUCUACUGCCAAGCUGUGGCCGCUGGCGGGAAGAAGGAGUGGGAGUUUGCCUGGGAGAAGUUUCAGAGCUCCACUGACACCUCAGAGAAAGAGCAACUCAGACAAGCUCUAUCCUGCACCAAGAAGACCUGGCUCCUCAACAGAUACCUGGAGUACACUUUGGAACCCGACAAGAUACGUCUGAUGGAUGUUGCUUCUACCAUCAAUCUCGUAGCGGAAAACGCUGCAGGACAAGCACUGGCUUGGAACUUCAUGAGAGCCCACUGGGAUUACGUCAGUCAGGGAGAUGCAGCUGCACUGAUUGAAGGAGUGACCAGGAGGUUUUCCACAGAGUUUGAGCUGCAGGAGCUGAAGGGCUUCUUGGAAAAUAUGGAGUUGCACGGCGCCUACAGAGCCACGCUUCAGGCCAUCGAGCAAACCCAAGUCAACAUCCAGUGGGUCAAGGAGCAUCGAGGGAUUGUCCUGGAGUGGUUUGAAAGAGAGACUGCCGAUCUAGAAUAAACACAGCUGGCCGGUCGGAUGGGCAAAGCAGCCGGUUUUUAGGCAACUCUAAAGUAAAUCUGACUACAGAUUAAGUUGCUUCAGUUAAUCAAACAGAAGCAACAAGAAGUGUAGCACAGGGAGCUGUGCCUUUAUUUAUAGUGUAUUUAAUGGAAACAGUAGAAACAUAGAAAUUUUAUUCCCUUUUCUGAAUUUUGCAUCCAUGGUAAAGAUGUCCUUAUAUAGUAAAUGGCCUGCACUUGUAAAGCGCUUUAUCUAGUCCGAGGACCCCAAAGCGCUUUACACUACAAUCAGUCGUCCACCCCACCUACGUCGUAGCUACAGCUUCCCUGAGGCAGACUGACAGAAAUGGGGCUGCCAUUAAAUCAGCACCACCACCAUCAGAAAUGUCUUGGCCAAGGAUACAACGAUUUGAACUGGCAAUCCACCAGUUCCAAGAUGAACCCCUAUCACCUGAGCCACCGUCACAAUGUAUGGGACGACAGUGGGAUUAUUUGUAUAUGUGUUGCUGCUGCUGAUUUAUCAGAAAUAUAAAUGUUUUGAUGGACUGACGGUUCAGUAAUCAUUUCACUGUCUUAAUACACAGCUUCAGUUUAAAAAACAAACUUAAACUAAUCAGUCUUCACUCUGCUGGUUUCCAAACACACAUCCACACUAACAUCUGAAUUUCUGUUUGUGCGUUAUGUUGUAAUCAAAGAAUCCAUUUAUUGUUCUUGCUUUCAUUUUGCUAAAAUUGUUAUUUUUAAAAAUAAAAACAUCAACGCUGA